AUGGUGCGCAUCACCCGCCGGGUUACAGCUUUCGGGAUCAGCGCGGAGUUUCCACGGGAGAACGCUGCCGUGUUUGUUUUUGUUUUCCAGGUCAGAUGUACAAUUGCUUGCACCGAGGAUUGCAGCUCAAAAAAUGCAACUGCAGAACCAGCAACCAGUAGUAAUGAUGAUUUAUCAGUAAACUCUGCAAGUGGAAGAGUGAUGGGGGCUGCAUCAUCACCUGAUGAGACAAGAGGAUCCAACCUGAUGUAUAAUCUGGAGGCAGAAUUCAUUGGUGUGACUUCCGUCAUCUUAAAAUGGAUAGUGAAUAGCAACACUUCUGACCAAUACACAUACAGGAUAGAGGUUGUAAAUGGUACAAAUGAUACACCUGAGCCGAACGUGACAUCCAAUGAAACUAAAGCAAAAAUUACUGGGUUAAUCCCUGGGACACUGUACAGCUUCACAGUAUUUGCUGUAACAGUUCAUGAUGAGACAGAAGGAGAAGGAGUGUCCAUAGAUCUGUAUACAAGGCCCAGCCCGGUUCUUGAUCUCGAGGCAGAAUCCAUCGGUGUGACUUCCGUCACCUUAAAAUGGGUGGUGAAUGACAGCGCUUCUGACUCCUACACAUACAGGAUAGAGGUUGUAAAUGGUACAAAUGGUACAUUUGUGAGGAGUGUGACAUCCAAUGAAAGCAAAGCAGAAAUUACCGGGUUAAUCCCUGGGACACUGUACGGCUUCACAGUAUUUGCUGUAGCAGCUGAUCAUGAGACAGAAGGAGAGGGAAGUCCCAUGCACCUGUAUACAAGGCCCAGCCCGGUUCUUGAUCUCAAGGCAGAAUCCAUCGGUGUGACUUCCGUCACCUUAAAAUGGGUGGUGAAUGACAGCGCUUCUGACUCUUACACAUACAGGAUAGAGGUUGUAAAUGAUAUACCUGUGAAGAAUGUGACAUCCAAUGAAAACAAAGCAGAAAUUACUGAGUUAAUCCCUGGGACACUGUACAGCUUCACAGUAUUUGCUGUAGCAGUUCAUGAUGAGACAGAAGGAGAAGGAGUGUCCAUAGAUCUGUAUACAAGGCCCAGCCCGGUUCUUGAUCUCGAGGCAGAAUCCAUCGGUGUGACUUCCGUCACCUUAAAAUGGGUGGUGAAUGACAGCGCUUCUGACUCCUACACAUACAGGAUAGAGGUUGUAAAUGGUACAAAUGGUACAUUUGUGAGGAGUGUGACAUCCAAUGAAAGCAAAGCAGAAAUUACCGGGUUAAUCCCUGGGACACUGUACAGCUUCACAGUAUUUGCUGUAGCAGCUGAUCAUGAGACAGAAGAAGAAGGAGUGCCCAGAGCUCUGUAUACAAGGCCCAGCCCGGUUCUUGAUCUCAAGGCAGAAUCCAUUGGUGUGACUUCCAUCACCUUAAAAUGGGUGGUGAAUGACAGCGCUUCUGACUCCUACACAUACAGGAUAGAGGUUGUAAAUGGUACAAAUGAUACAUUUGUGAAGAAUGUGACAUCCAAUGAAACCAAAGCAGAAAUUAUCGGAUUAAUCCCUGGGACACUGUACAACUUCACAGUAUUUGCUGUAGCAGCUGAUCAUAAGACAGAAGGAGAAGGAGUGUCCAUAGACCGGUAUACAAGGCCCAGCCCGGUUCUUGAUCUCGAGGCAGAAUCCAUCGGUGUGACUUCCAUCACCUUAAAAUGGGUGGUGAAUGACAGCGCUUCUGACUCCUACACAUACAGGAUAGAGGUUGUAAAUGGUACAAAUGGUACAUUUGUGAGGAGUGUGACAUCCAAUGAAAGCAAAGCAGAAAUUACCGGGUUAAUCCCUGGGACACUGUACAGCUUCACAGUAUUUGCUGUAGCAGCUGAUCAUGAGACAGAAGGAGGAGGAGUGUCCAUAGAUCUGUAUACAAGGCCCAGCCUGGUUCUUGAUCUCGAGGCAGAAUCCAUCGGUGUGACUUCCGUCACCUUAAAAUGGGUGGUGAAUGACAGCGCUUCUGACUCCUACACAUACAGGAUAGAGGUUGUAAAUGGUACAAAUGGUACAUUUGUGAGGAGUGUGACAUCCAAUGAAAGCAAAGCAGAAAUUACCGGGUUAAUCCCUGGGACACUGUACAGCUUCACAGUAUUUGCUGUAGCAGCUGAUCAUGAGACAGAAGGAGGAGGAGUGUCCAAAGACCUGUAUACAUUAACUGUCUCAGUGGAUUCACUUCAGUGUGAACCAGUGGCCAAGCAGCCUUUCCUAAUGCUGAAGUGGAAAUGUCCUUUUGGUAACAACUCUGGCUUCGGAAUCAAAAUAUAUAAUAUAAGCACUUCUGAGGUAGUAAGAGCAGAAUCGGCUCCACGCUGCAUGGUGGAAGGCUUUGAGCAAACCUUCCAAACAGGACGUUUAAAUUUUUUCAGCACCUAUAAUGUUACUAUCAUAACUCUUCCAAAUGGCACUGAAAGCUCUCCAGUGGGCAAGUUGUGUCACACCAGCAUUACUGACCCACCUCCUCCAACUGAAUUUCCUUCAGUCAAGGCCAUCAGUCACAGUUCGUUGUCUGUUGAAUUCUCUGAUUUUGAUCCACUGAAUGGUCCAUUAGAAGCCUACGCAAUAAUGAUUACAACAGACGAUCAAAGUUCUGAGUCUUUGAAAUCUAAAUUGAACAACACAUACAAAGAUUUCAAGAAGAAGAAGGCAACUGCCUAUGUUACGUAUGUCAUAAAAACAAAGCAGGAAGAAUCACAUUCUUCCAUUUCUCAGAAUGAUAAGAACAUCAUUCAUGUAGGCAAGGGAAACUCAAUGUAUGGCUACGAAAAUGGACCAUUGAUCCCUCUUCAUUCAUACAGGGCGUGUGUUGCAGGUUUCACUAAUAUAACAUUUACAGCCAACGUGAUUGAGGGGGAAGAUAGUUACGUAUCAUUUUCACCCUGUUCUGAACCGGUUUUACUGCCCCAGGAUCCAGGUGUUAUUGCUAGAGUGGUUAUUGGAUGCCUCUUGGCUAUCUUGGCUGUAGUUGCUGUAGGGGGGUUCAUAUUCUGGAGAAGGAGAAGGAAAGAUAAAAGAAAUACUGAAGUGUCUUUUUCUCCAAUUAAAUCAAAAAUUAUUAAAGUGGAGAACUUUGAGUCAUACUUUAAGAAGCAGCAAGCUGACUCCAACUGUGGUUUUGCUGAAGAGUAUGAGGAACUCAAGUCUGCUGGUAUUCAUCAGCCCAAAUUUGCUGCUGAACUUCCUGAGAACAGGGGGAAAAAUAGAUACAACAACGUCUUACCAUAUGAUAUUUCUCGUGUUAAACUUUCAAAUCAAACCUCUGGAACUGGUGAUUAUAUUAAUGCAAACUAUAUGCCUGGCUAUAACUCAAAGACGGCAUUUAUUGCUGCACAGGGUCCAUUACCCAACACUAUAGAAGACUUCUGGCAAAUGAUUUGGGAAAAGGGUAUCUACUCUGUUGUUAUGUUGACAAAAUGUGUGGAACAAGCCCGGACAAAAUGUGAGCAGUACUGGCCAGACAAACAACCCAAGAGCUAUGGUGACAUUAUUGUGACAAUGGUCUCAGAAGUUGUCCUUCCAGAAUGGACAAUAAGGGAUUUCACUGUAGAAAAGUCCAACACCCUCGAGAGCCACACAGUGCGCCAGUUCCAUUUCACCUCCUGGCCGGAUCACGGUGUGCCAGAGACAACAGACCUUCUCAUCAACUUCAGGCACCUUGUCCAUGAGUACAACAGCCAGAAUCCAGUGGACUCUCCUACUCUGGUGCACUGCAGCGCUGGUGUUGGGAGGACAGGGACGUUCAUUGCCAUCGACCGCCUGAUCCAGCAGAUGGAGAUGGAGAACACCGUGGAUGUGUAUGGAGUGGUGUACGACCUCCGCAUGCACCGACCCCUCAUGGUGCAGACUGAGGACCAGUAUGUCUUCCUAAACCAGUGUGUCAUGGAUAUCAUUAAAUCCCAGAGAGAGAGGAAAAUGGACCUUAUCUACCAAAAUGUGACAGCAAUGGCAAUCUAUGAAAACUUCACACCUGGGCCAGCCUUUGGGAAGGCCAAUGGCUACCACGCAUAGACCAGAAGGCCUCUAUCCUGGAGAUGUUAUUUGCCCGUAGCAAAGGGAGGUGUCAGACUCGUGUUUUCUGGGAUUACGUGCAGUGUCUCAUGUCUGGCUUGUCCAGCUCUGUCUGCAUUCAAAGGUGUGAUCUACAGUAGGAAAAACACAACACUGGCAGGAGCUGCAGACUGAUGUUAAAAAAACCCAAACAACAAAACCCAAGCAAAGCUUUUUAAAGUUAACAGAGGAAUCUUGUUUUUUUUGGGAAUUUAACAGUACUGAUAGGUGAAAUAGCAUUUGCUGUAUGAACAGCAAACUAGAGUUAAAUAUUAAAAUAAUAACACGAGCUUUUUAUUACAAUUUUAUAUUGUUUCAUUUACAGACACCAGGCUGGUGGGUUGUUUUAAUAUAUUUAAUUAUAAGUUUCAGGAACAUAUUUUAUCUACUGUAUCUGGUUACUUAGUUAAUAGAUAUGUGCCUCUGUGAUCUAUUUUUUUUCUGUGUUCCUUUUUAUUUAAAAAAGGAGUACAAAUGGCUCCUUCAAAUGGACAUUCAUACUUGGAAAUUGUGCCUUUUCUAGUUGCUACUCUAGAAAAAAAAAAACAGCAGAGAUUCUAUUUUUGUACUGAAACUCUUAAUGAGAACACAGAUUUUUAAAUAAGGCUUAUGUCAAACUUAACUGUAGUUGCACUGUUGGCAGGACUCUCCAGAAGCUUGGAGGUGAGCUUUGUUUUUGCAUUUCACCACAAAUAUCCCCUGCCUUAAUGUUUUGGUGUGCCUCUGCCAAAGGAAAAGCAGUGUGGUCUGUCACUCCGAGCUUUAACUGUAAUUAAAAACAGAACAAGUGAAUGUGUGUGCAGGGGGGUGUUUGGCGUGUGGAUGAAGGACAGAAUAGCUCCUCCCUGUUCCUGUCUGAUAUUCCUGUUUUUAUACAAUUUAUAAUGAUUUAUUUAAAGGUGCAAUAUAUGAUUUACUGAAUAAUGCUCACUCUAAUAGAGUUUUUCUCAGGUUGGUGUAUUUUUAUCAUUGUUGUUGUUUUUCCUCAAAUAUAUAAAUCUCUGAAAAUGCUGAAACUAAGGUUCCAAGUGUUCAAGCACUCCCAAACGGAUUGACUGGCUUUACUGUGUCUACCAAAAGACAUUGCACAAAAUUCUGCUGUAAAGACAAAUUUAUUGGUUGUUUUAGCCAUUCAAAACUGAGACACGUCUUACCUGCCUGCAUCUCACUGAUCCAGUGUAAUUGUUUUGUAAUUAUUCACAAUAUACUGCUGCUUUUGUUUUGACUGGUCCUUUUGGAAACUGAAGGAACAAGCAGAAAUCCCCCGUUUGCUGAUUUCACAAGUCAAGGAUCAGAUUGGAUUUAUUUUGCUGGUACAUAACUGUUAGACUUAGGAAGGCAUUACCAAUGAAGGACUUAGGUAGCAUGGGGUGGGGAGAAGGUAUGUUUUUUGGUCUUUGGAUCAUUGCACUGGUUGCAUUGUAGAUGAAUAUGAAGUUUAUGAAUAAUGCUAUAGAAUAGCUAUAAAGCAGGGAAAAAAAAUCUUAUGAAGGUUUAAUAACCAGAGUCCCUGGAAUUGUGCUGCUUUUUUGUUGUCAUUGUUUUGGGGGUUUUUCUUUGUUUCAGUAGAGUUGUCAGAAAAAGCUACAGAUGCUAGGAGUAUGUGGCUUUACUGUGGAACCUGGCAAUCUCACAGGAUCCAGUGUCAGCUGAGGGAGAACAUAGGAAUUCCUGGUGCACAACUGUAACUUCACAAAUAUCCUGAGGAAUUUUUUACAACCUGGUAUGAAAGUGUGGUGUGCUGUGUGAGCAAAAUUGGAGGAAAAACCACAGUACACUUCUGGUUGUUAGGUUUUGGGGUUUGGUUUUGUUGUUUGUUUAGUUUGGUGUGGUUUUUUUGUUUGGUUUUUUUUUUUGUUUUUUUUGUUUUGCUUUGGGUUUUGGUUUUUUUUGGGUUUUUUUGUUUGUUUUUUUGCUUUUUGGUGUUUGUUUGUUUUGUUUUGUUUUUGUAGCAGCCACUUGUGGGUUCUUGAAUAUAAUUUUGUUCCUCUUUCUCUGGAAAUAAUUUUAAAAACCCUCAUCUUGACGUUCCUGAUCCUGCCCAGCUCCGUCCAAACUGGCAGCCCACAAAGUGGAUCUCUCAUUUGCAUUCUUCCUAAGCUGCUGUCAGAUGACAAAGAUAAACCCCUUGCACCAAACAGAACCAUUCCAAAAGAACUGAGAGGGAGGAAAGUCUGCCCUUUGCAGUCAUGUUGUUUUCUUUAACUCUGUUAUUCUUAUAAUUACUGCACAUCUUGUGCAGAACACAGAGCCAGUAUUUGUUAUUCCAGGUCUCACAAUAACUUUCUGCCUUAGGGUGGCAAGUGCUCUUUCGCUUCAGAAGGCCCUUGUUUUGUAGCAUAGAGGAGAGGGAGAUGAGUUUUCCAUGCUAGAUCAUGUUGUUUCUACUCUGUUGCAGCAGAACAUCAGAAAAUGAGCUAGGACAGUAUGUAUUUCUGCCUAACCACUGCCCAGAUCCUCUUACAGAAAACUAAUGGAUCUGUCCCAUUAUUUUGGUGUUGCAGGCAGGCAUCAAAUUCUCAUGAGUGCCAUCAUCUAAUGAGUAUCCAUUUUUAAAGAACUGUAUGCAGGUGUUUUUCCAAAACUGACACAUUGUGAGAAGAGACUGAAGGUUGAAGCAAAUGACCUCUUCAUUCUGUGUAUGGGAAAAAGUUGUUAAGGCUUAAGCUGUUGCAAACAAAGUUGGGCGUAGUGCCAGUGUGAAUAAGUAGGACAUUCCUUACAGGAUGCCUCUGCAGGAAAAGGACUGCAGGUAAUGCUCCACUACCAUGUGGAUCUGUCUUGGUCAAGAUGACUUGAAUUCCUGCAAAUGUUUUCUCCCUGCCCUCUGAUGCUCUCUGUGUUAUAAUAGCUGAGAUCUGUCUCUUUGGUCAGUGUUUUAUCUCACUGUUGCUUAUUUAAAGCUGUCCACUGAAAGCUCCACUGUGUGACAAUUGCAUCUCUUGCAUUUCUGUUUAACCCUUUCUUCCCAUUUGGGGCCUGCUUAAGAAGGGAAAAGUUGAUGUGUUUCAAAUAAAUGACUGUUGAAUAUCUUGAAAUUAUGUACAAAUUUUAUUGUUUUUAUAUUUGUUGUACAGAAAAUUUCAGUACAUAUCUGUAAUAUUUUUAAUGAUUUGAUUUGUUCUUAAAAAUAACAAUUAAAAAGCAUCAUCCUAGA